GAGCACGGAAGAAUUUUUACAGCGCUGGGCCAUUACAGCGGCUCGGUAGAGUUGAAGAUGGCGGACGGAGAGAAUAUUCUUGUUGGUGCUAAAGCCAGAACAUCUGAAUCAGAUGAACCUGUUUUGAAAAAACCUAGAAUGGGUAUGUCUGUUGGCUGUGGACUUAAAAUUGUUGAGAAAGAUCCAGGAAUUUGCGGACCGGAGACCGGAGAGAAUUGGGCGGCGGCGACUUCAGCGCGGUCUGUCGAGGAGGUUGAGCCGGCGAUGGCGGUGGGACAGGCCACAGCAACACUAGGCGGAGACAAUGGGCUGUUAGUCCCGCAGCCCGGUGAAAAUAUUUUACCCAUUGAGAGGACCUCGGUGUCUGGGCAAGAUGGGGAACUCGCAGAAUGUGUUGAUCCUGAAAGUGUGGUCCCACUGAAUGGCUUCGCUUCCCCAGACUGUGGUAAUGAAGACGAUGAUGAUCGAUCAUCUCACGCAAGCUCCAGUGACUGGACCCCCAGACCUCAGAUAGGCUCCUACAGUUUCAUUCAGCAACACAUCAUGAUGGAGACAGACCCUCGAACUAUCCUUCGAGAUUUGCUUCCUGAUACGGUACUCCCACCUGAUCUGGAUGAUAUGACAUUGUGGCAAAUUAUCAUCAACAUCUCCGAGCCACCUAAAAGAAAGAAGAGGAAAGAUAUCAAUACACUAGACGACGUUGUCAGAUUGCUCCAAGAAAGCAAGAAAGUCCUCGUCCUGACUGGUGCCGGGGUGUCUGUUUCUUGUGGUAUACCUGAUUUCCGAUCUCGGGAUGGUAUAUAUGCUAGACUUGCAAUAGAUUUUCCAGAUCUUCCAGACCCUCAAGCAAUGUUUGACAUAGAGUACUUCAGACGUGACCCAAGGCCUUUCUUCAAGUUUGCCAAGGAAAUCUACCCUGGACAGUUCCAGCCGUCUCCAUGUCAUAAAUUCAUCGCUAUGCUAGACCAGCAGGAGAAGCUAUUACGGAACUACACACAGAACAUUGACACCCUAGAGCAAGCUGCAGGGGUACACAGAAUCAUCCAGUGUCAUGGUUCCUUUGCCACAGCCUCCUGCCUCAUCUGCAAAUACAAAGUUGACUGUGAAAUCAUCUCUGAAGAUGUGCUCAACCAGGUUGUUCCUCGCUGUCCAAGGUGUCCACCUGAUAUCCCUCUCGCAAUCAUGAAACCAGACAUCGUUUUCUUCGGCGAGAACCUUCCGGAGUUUUUUCACAGGGCAAUGAAGCAAGACAAGGAUGAGGUGGACCUUCUCAUUGUCAUUGGGUCGUCUUUAAAAGUGCGGCCCGUGGCACUCAUACCAAGCUCCAUCCCACAUGAAGUGCCUCAGGUCCUGAUUAAUCGGGAGCAGCUUCCGCACCUCAACUUUGACGUGGAGCUCCUGGGUGACUGCGACGUCAUCGUGAACGAGCUGUGCCACCGGCUGGGCGGCGACUUCGCCAAGCUCUGCCACACGCCCUCCCGUCUCACCGAGAUCACCGAGAAACCCCCGCGGCCGACCCCCGCGCCGCCCGAGCAGGCCGCGCAGAGCGAGGACGCCGACGCUGGCGCAGACGCCAACACCAACACCAACGUCCAGCCCGCCGUGGAGCCCGCGCACACACCCGCCGACGAGACGGGCACACAGACGGACACGACAGGGACGGCAGACACGGCAGACAAAGUCACAGAACACUGUCCAAACGCACAGUCCCCUAGUGUAGAGGGGACAAAGACGUCAGACACAAAAGACUCGGAAGACGCACAAAAAGACGAGGCCUUAGCAGCAAAAGAAGCAAAAGAAGCAAAAGACACCGCUCGUCGACGAUCCUGGCUGAACAGACUCUGUCGUAGUCCAAUCAGCAAACGCCUUGAGAGCUCUCAGUACUUAUUCCAAGCACCAAAUCACUACAUCUUCCACGGAGCCGAAGUGUACUCAAACUCGGAGGACGAGACGUCCAGCUCGUGCGACAGUGAGGAGGACUCUUGCUGCAGCGACGAGGGAGAGGAGGACGAGGAGGAGGACGAGAGGGAGGACGAGAGGGAGGAGGAGGAGGAGGAGGAGGAGUGCGAGAGGGAAGAGGAGGAUGAUGCAGGGAGCGCGCAGACAACAGAAGGACAGGAGGAGAAGGAGAAGAAGGAGGAGAAGGAGGAGGAGGUCGACGAGGAGGAGCAGCAGAAGAGGAAGAGGAACAGCCUUAGAGACACACUGCCAGAGAAUCAAAACCACCAGAGCACCACACCGAGCUCUCCAUCAAACAGUACAGCAGCUGUGAAUGUCUCAGACACCACAGACCUUUAACAACACAGAACUGAGUCACUCUUUUCUCAACUACAUGUCCACAAGCACUAGCAAGUCUUUAUUGUACUGAAGUACAUUUUAUAUAUAUAUAUUUUUUGUACCCAAUCCCUGCCACUCCCAACCCCGCAUCUUCAUGUUGUUGGUUUUUUUUUCUGUCUGUUUAGGAUUGCACAGAUUCUACUGUGCAUAUUCACACUUGGGGUGGGUCGUAAUGCAAUCUUAGGUAGAUGCACGCAAGUUUGCAUUCAACAUCAAAAAGUAAUGGUGAGAGAGCUUAUGAAAAUAUGGGAGUGGGGUAUCCACAACUCAAAUGAAAAAACAUGGAACUUGUUGAAUGAUGAAGUCACUCCUUUAACUUAUUUUAUUUGUCUAUCUCUCUGUGGUUGUAAGGCAGUUGUGUUUCAUGGGGUACUUUUUGGCGAUGAAUAGUGUAAUUUGAACUGGCCAUUCACAUAGACAUGGGAUGACUAAAGGGAACAUAUAGGUAGACCAAAGAACAUUUUAUUUCCACUUCUACAAGAAAUGUUUUCAUUAAACCCUCCAAAGCGCUUGCUCUUUGAAUUUCGAAGAUUUUCAAAGAUUUUGAAGCAAAACAGGUGGCAUUGUGUUUGACAUUUGGCAGCUACUUUUUACAGUUGAUGUGUCAGUGAUGAUCCUUUUCUUCUUUUGGGAAACAAAUCCUGUUGAAUCCAGACAGCCAGCAAGCAGUUGGCAGUGUUAUUUUUUAUGUCCAUUAUUUUGGUUAAGGAAAGUGUACGUGACCAUGAGAAGCCUUAUCAUAUGUAAUAAGCUGUCCAAUAGCCAUGAAGCACUUUGGUUUCAAAUGAAUCUUUCCAUGAAAAAUUGAGUGUUCUCAACAAAAGAAACUUCAGUGAACAAAUCCAUUUCUCCAUGAACCUAAAAACUGCCACCAACAGCGUGACGUGAUGGCUGAUUUCUAUGGUCCGCAAAAGUUUGAAUGGUCCAGUCCCUACUGAAGCCUUUUGUAUUACAAUCGUGACGGCCUUUUGCUUUAUUUAUACAAACUGUAAUAGGUUGAAUUCUGGAUUUCAAAUUUCAUCAACCUUCCAUUUUCACCUCCUGAAGACACACCACCUCCACUGAAAAUUCAUAAGCAUGUGUAUGGCCUGAGGAAGCACAAGGUUUAAAUGCAGACAGGUCGAGGUUGUAAAGAACAUUGUUAGGGCGUUUUAUGAAUUGCUAAUUUAUAUGUGUAUAUGUUGAUGAGACACGUGAAAUCAUGUUUACCACUGCAGGGAUCAUUAAUUUGGUAUAGGGUGUGGUAGUUAUGGUAAGUAGUAGCUUAAGUUCUUUGGUGUAUAAUCCACUCGCGAACCAGAUGAUGGAUGUCCAUAACUUUUUUUCCAUGACUUUUUCUUCAGAACAAUACAGGAUACAUUUUAUAUUUGAAAUAAAGCCUUUAUGAACAUGACUAUAAACUCCAACCAGCAAGCCAUAUGAUUGUCAAUUUUGACCUCAAAGAAUAAAAACAUUUAUUAGUGCACUCUUCAUUUUUUUUUGUUCCCAUGCCGUAUAUGUGUUUGACCUGAAGAUAUUUUCUGUCAGCGGCCUUUCUCUUUUCUUUAUUAUCCCCGCUUCAAUAUGUUUGUAUUCUGUGUUGUGUAUGACUGUGUCCUGUGAAACUCAAAGGUUGUUCUUGCAGGGCUUGUUAUUUGCAGACCUUUUGAAAUUCUUUAUCUGACCAGAUUGUCCUCUCUCAACACGUGUUAGGCUGCCGUUGUGUCGGUUCAGAGGAUAUGUUAAUGCAUUUAUUUCUGAAAAAUAAAAAAGAAUAUUGAUACAC